AUGACCAGGACAGCCCACCACGCCCACCCCACACCCUCCUACCCCGUCUACUGCCUCGACUGGGCCACAGACGACUCCCUCCUCCUCGGCGGCGGCGGCGGCGCAACGCGCAGCGGUAUCCACAACAAGCUCAAACUGUGCAAUGUCUCGAAAGACGGCAAGAAACUCAAGUAUCUGAACGAGCUCUCACUGAGCAACGAUGAAGAUGCGCCUAUGACUAUGGCUGUUGACAGGGCGAGCAAACAACUUGUGACUGGCAUAAAUGCCUCGCAAGAAUCCAUCCAGUCUGGCGUCAAUGAUCACGUCCGAGUGUACUCUUAUGGCGAUGAAAAGAUUGAGCUGGUAAAGGGCCAGAAGACGAUAGACGCUGCCUGGUCUGAUGACUUUCCCUACCAAAAACUUUCAGUCAUCUCGCCUUCUGGCAAGCUCCUCGCUGUGGGAAGCACAGACAACAAGGUCGUUAUUCUCCAGUUUCCUACACUGGAGCCAGUGACUGCUCUGUCCACUGAUGCCGAGCUUACCGACCUUGACUGGGGAGGUCCUGAUGGUAACUGGCUGGCCGUGACCACACUCUCCGCCCUCGCCCUCUACCACCUCUCGCCCUCCCUUGCCCUCACUCUCCAACAAACCAUUUUCCCCCCAACGCUCGACAUUGUCCCCGUCGCUUUCCGCUCUGCCCGUUUCUCUCGCUCCUUCUCUACCCCGCUACACUUGCACUCCGUCCUCAACGCCUCCAAGGCGGCCAAGCGCGGAGGGCCGAGGAAGGCUUUCGUGUGUACCUUUGGAGUUGUGGCGGAGGCUAGUAAAGCGCCUUUGACUGAAGAGGAGAAGGCAACGGCUGAGAAGAGCGGGGCAGGGGAGGAGGAAGAUGUGGGGAAAUGGGAUGUUUUGGCAAAGAGGGAGGUUGCGGGGAAGCCUGUCACAGCUUUUGACGUUAGCUCUGAUGGCAAGAUACUGUCGUACGGCUGCUCAGACCUUUCCAUCGGUAUCCUCGACGCCCGAACUCUGGCCCCCCUCCUCAAGAUCCUCCACGCCCAUUCAUUCCCUCCCACCGCUCUGAAAUUCAACCCUUCAGCUUCGUUACUAGUAUCAGCAAGUGCUGAUAACACGGUGAGGGUGGUAGUCGUGCCGGCCGACUUUGGUGGCUUGUCUGCCCCGAUGAUCUUCCUGAUAUUGACCAUCCUCAUCUUGAUCUUGGCUUUGGCUCUGAAAAAGUAG